CUCGGCGCCGCGGUGCUGGCGGAAGUGUGGCGCGCGCGCGUACAUUUUGUGUCGACUGCGAAGCCGAAGCCGAGCGGAGAUCCGGGAAAGAGACGUGGCGGCCCCGGGUCGCCGGGAGGGAGGGAGCGGAGCCCAGCCAGCCAUGGAGACGUGGAAUAUGAACCUACCGCGGGGACCCGAAAACCUGUGCUUCGACAAGGACGAGUUUAUGAAGCCAGAUUUCGAUGUCGAUCACUUUGUGUCAGAGUGCAGGAAACGUGUUCAGUUGGAAGAGCUUCGGGAUGAUCUUGAGCUCUACUACAAACUUCUUAAAACUGCCAUGAUAGAGCUCAUAAACAAGGAUUAUGCAGACUUUGUUAAUCUUUCCACCAAUCUAGUUGGCAUGGACAAAGCCCUUAAUCAGCUUUCAGUGCCUUUAGGACAACUGCGAGAGGAAGUUAUGAGUCUUAAGUCAUGUGUCAGUGAAGGAAUUCGAGCAAUUGAUGAACGUGUGUCUAAACAAGAAGAUAUCAGGGCGAAAAAGAUGUGUGUCCUGAGACUUAUUCAAGUUAUUAAAGCAGUUGAGAAAAUUGAGAAAAUUCUGCACUCCCAAAAUUCUAAAGAAAUGUCAUCACUGGAAGGAAGCAGUCCACUUCUGACUGGACAGAUUUUAGAAAGAAUUGCCACAGAAUUCAACCAGUUGCAGUUUCAUGCAGUACAGAGCAAAGGAAUGCCACUCCUAGACAAGCUGAAACCACGAAUAGUUGGGAUAACAGCAAUGCUGCAGCAGUCCCUGGAAGGACUGCUUUUAGAAGGCCUUCAAACUUCCAACAUUGACAUAAUCCGUCAUUGCUUGCGAACCUAUGCAACAAUAGACAAAACACGGGAUGCUGAAGCGUUAGUUGGUGAAGUGCUUGUGAAACCAUAUGUAGAUGAGGUGAUUGUGGAACAGUUUGUUCAAUCUCGUCCUAAUGGCCUCCAGACCAUGUACAACAAAUUGCUGGAGUUUGUUCCUCUCCAUUGCCGUCUCUUGCGUGAAGUAACAGGGGGAGGUAUUUCAAGCGAAAAGGGGAAUGUUGUUCCUGGAUAUGAUUUUUUGGUAAAUUCUGUGUGGCCAGAAAUAGUUCGUGGUUUAGAAGUUAAGCUGCCAUCACUGUUUAAUCCUGGGAACCCAGAUGCAUUUCAUGAGAAAUACACUAUAAGCAUGGAUUUUGUGAGAAAGUUUGAACGGCAGUGUGGCUCACAAGCCAGCGUUAAAAGACUACGGUCACAUCCUUCCUACCACAGCUUUAAUGAUAAAUGGAAUUUGCCUGUUUAUUUCCAAAUAAGGUUUAGAGAAAUAGCGGGGGCCUUAGAAACAGCCUUUUCUGAUGACUUAGAAGAAGCUCCAGCUCAAAGUUCGUACAGCCUCUUGGCAACACAUGUUGCAUGUGCAAGUCUGCAGAAGUGUUGGUCAGAUCAGAUAUUUCUGCCAUUGCUCACACAUCGCCUUUGGAAGCUUUCACUGCAGAUUGUAGCGCGCUAUUCGUUUUUUAUUAGCGAGCUUUUACUCAGGCCCAUCUCUAACGAAAGUACAAAGGAUAAAAAAUCAUUGGCAAGCAGUAGCAAGGAGUGCCCACUGAACCCAAGCUCUGUUGAAGACCAAGGAAAUGACUCUUGUCCAGAGUCUCAGCCUUUAGCUUCCAUAUCCACCACUCAGCUGGUGCUUGUUGCUUCAGAUCUGGAUAAGCUUCAGGAAUGGUUUCCUGAAUUGUUGGAAAUUAUCAAACCAAAACUUGAAACCACUGGUUUCAAGAACAUAGCCUGCAUCUCAGGAGCCCUGGAAGACUCAAAGGACUCUUUACUGGGUUGCUGGCCAACCUUGAACAAUAAGCUUAUUCAGGAGUUAAGUGAUUCUUGCUUCGGUUGCCUGAAAAGUGCUGUUGAGAUUCCAAGGCUAUAUAGAAGAACCAAUAAGGAGGUGCCAACCAAAGCAUUGCCCUAUGUUGACGCUGCUCUUAAACCUUUCCACCAACUGAAGAAUGACUACAAAGAUACACUGAAACCAGCUGUAAUUGAGCAGUGGCUUGAAGGAGCCCUUGGCAAAAGCACACAAAAGUACUUUGAGACAAUAUCAGAUAUUCUGAAUUCUGUAAAGAAAAUGGAAGAGAGUUUGAAAAGGCUGAAGCAGGCAAGAAAAACCGUGACGGCAAAUAGCACCGCUCCAAAUGGAGGCAUGAGUGAUGAUAACAAAAUCCGCCUGCAGCUGGCCUUGGAUGUGGAGCACUUUGGAAUUCAGAUACAGAAGAUGGGAUUGCAGCUGAGCAACAUCAAAAGCUUCUCAGCUCUUUCAGAGCUUGUUCAAUCUGCCAAGGAUCAGAUAGCAGCAGAACAAACAUGAUUUUCAGCUGAGGAGAGAGAGCAGGCCUGGCUUUUGAAAAGAAGAGGGUUUCUUUUUAUUUUCUCUCGUCAAGUACUAUGUAGCAAGGAAGUGCUUCCUAAUUCAGCUUCAGCAGCAAGUUAAGUGUGUCUCAAGAGACAUAAAAACUUGUUUCACCAAAAAGGAGAGAACCUUAUAGAAGAGCAUUUACUCUCAUUUUCCAUUGUAUGGAAGAAAGUUUAUAUAUUUCUAAGCAAUCUACUACAAAGCUAUGAAAGGUUAUUAUUAUUUUUAUUAUUUUUAUUAUUAUUGUAAAUCUUAUCAUGCAGGAAAACUGAUUUAACAUGAUUAAAAUAAACAAAAAAGCAUUGUCUUCCUUUGUAACAUUUUAUCACUGGAGAGGAGAUGUAUUAAAUAUGUAAGUUCAA